AUGGAAGACGAAGUGAUCGCCAAUAACAAGCAGGUGAUAUUGAAAGACUACGUCAAGGGUUUUCCACAGGAAUCCGACUUGCCGUUGGUAAGCUCCACCGUGAAGCUCAAAAUCCCCGGCGACUGCCACGACGCCGUACUGGUCAGGAACCUCUACUUGUCCUGCGACCCUUACAUGCGUAACCUUAUGAACAAGAUCGAAUCGGACGACCCAAACUUGUACUCCCCCGGCUCUCCUAUUAGGGGGUAUGGAGUGUCAAGAGUAGUGGAUUCUUCUCACUCCAGCUUUAAGGAGGGUGACCUGAUUUGGGGUCUCACGGGCUGGGAGGAGUAUAGCCUUAUUAGAAAUCCAAGCAGCUCUUUUAAAAUUCCAGACACAAGUGUGCCUCUCUCCUACUAUACUGGAAUUCUUGGUAUGCCGGGCAUGACUGCUUAUGCUGGUUUUUAUGAGAUCUGCUCCCCGAGAAAGGGAGAAUACGUCUUCAUUUCAGCAGCAUCUGGAGCUGUUGGUCAGCUGGUCGGGCAGUUUGCAAAGUUGUUGGGUUGUUAUGUUGUUGGAAGUGCCGGGUCCAAAGACAAGAUUGAACUCUUGAAGAACAAGUUUGGGUUUGAUGAUGCUUUUAAUUAUAAAGAGGAGAAAGAUCUGAAUGCCGCUUUAAAGAGGCAAGUUUUCACCUUCAUUUUUGUGCUUCCUGAGAUUGAUAGUUUUAAGUACUUUCCGGAAGGCAUUGAUAUCUACUUUGAGAACGUUGGGGGAAAGAUGCUUGAUGCUGUGCUCCUCAACAUGAGACUCCAUGGGCGAAUAGCAGUGUGUGGCAUGAUCUCUCAAUACAACCUCGACCGGCCAGAAGGCGUGCACAACUUGUUUACCCUCGUGAGCAAACGAAUACGCAUGCAAGGAUUUGUUGUUGUUGACUACUACCAUCUCUACCAUAAGUACCUUGACAUGAUCCUCCCAUUAAUCAAGGAAGGAAAGAUUACUUACGUGGAGGAUAUAGCCCAAGGCCUCGAGAGCGGUCCUCGUGCACUUGUUGGGCUUUUCUCGGGUCGUAAUGUUGGGAAACAGGUUGUGGCCUUAGCGCGUGACGAUGAUGUUUAG